ACAGCCUCUUCAAUCCAACGCAACUGAUAUGAACUUCUCAAGGCACAUCGGAUCUGGCGCCCAGACUCGCACGCUUGUGAAGCAUGGCCGGCGACCCAGAUCGGGUCAACCUGGUCACCUGGUCGAUCGAUAUCAAACAUCCUGUCGAGUAUAAAGCCGCCCAACCCAUUUCGUGCAGUAUAUGCUGUUAGAUCUCACAUUCAUAACUUUCGCCCGCUUGACAAUCCUGCAAUGACACCCUCAAAUCGCCUCCGUGCCAUCAUUAUUGGCGGUGGUCCAGUUGGACUGAUGGCAGCGCAUACCUUCUAUCGAGCUGGCAUCAAUUUCGUACUGCUCGAACGUAGAAAUGCCCUUGCUGUAUUCGAAGCAGGAGGUGCCGGAAUCGCCAUCAUGGCGAACACUUUGAGGCUCUUGGCUCAGCUCGGGCUUCUUGAGGCGGUGGAGGCAAGUGGAACGCACAUGCGCCCCGGGACGGUGGUGACGAGUGACGGGCGCCCAUUUUCGACUCUUGACACACUUGGUUGGUGCUCUGAAUUCCAUGGAACAGGAUGGGUUAUGGUGCAUCGACCCGAGUUGAUGCAGCUGCUGUAUGGUGCUCUUCCUGAUGAGAUCAGACAGCAUCUUUUUCCCAGAAAAGACGUGACAACUAUCGAGAUGACUGAGGAUGGGGUCGUGGUCUGGUGUACCGACGGAAGCGUAGAGAGAGGCAGCAUUGUGGUCGGGGCGGACGGAGCCCACAGCAAAGUGCGCGACUGCAUGCGUCGUAUCGCACUACAAGAGUCGUCAAAGGCCGCCCUGAACGAGGAGAAGCCGUUUGUCGCGACGUACCGCCAGAAACUGCCCGAGCCAACGCGGGAACGACGACGGUACACCGAGCAGGACAUGAAGAGCUUCAUGGAAGAACUUGGCCAUGCCCAUUGCACAUCCACGCUUAGACUCAACGACCUUUACCAAGCGCAAACAUCUUGCUAUCUGACUGACCUCCAUAAAGGUCUGAUUCACCACUUUCACCAUGGCCGCAUUGUCCUGGUCGGAGAUGCUGUUAACAAGCAGACUUAUAACACGGGCCAAGGGUGGAACACGGGAGUGCAAGACGUGGUUGUGCUCACCAAUAAGCUCUGGACACUGAUGGAAGACGAAACCGAUCUCGAUGCGCCAAUCAGUCAAGGCAAGAUCGAAGCCGCUUUUGGCUUAUACCAAAGAGACAGAGACCCGGUGGUCCAGCAAGCUGUAAAAGCAUCAGAAAUGUUCACUCGGACAGAGGCCUGGAACCAUUGGUAUGACUGGUUUACAGACCGCCAUAUUCUGCCACGGACUGGAGGACUUAAAUGGAUCUAUCGAGCGUUUCUCGCACCGGCCAACGUGAACGCACAGGUCUUGGGGUUUCUCGAGGAGAACAACAGGCCAUCCGGGACCAUCCCGUGGCUCCAUAGCACUGAAAGGAGUUGAUCAAGGACGUCUCCUGGCAUUCGGCGUACAUACCUGAAUUUCGUGGCGCAUGAAGAGUCAAGCUGUCGCCACCUACGGCCGGCCUCGACGGCCUUGUCAACUUCAGCUUGUCGUCAAUUUGCGCCCCUUACCUGCAGCCUAUUAUUCCAACCAAGUCCGAG